AUGUCUGCUCCAGUAGCUCACGAUGUCGUCUCUUUCAAGGACAGAGCAACGACCGACCAGGUCAAACCUCACAACCAUCUCCUUGUCAUCGAACUGACCAUCCAGGACAUCGACUUAGCAAGAGUGUUGGUCGACACCGGAUGCUCGGCCAACAUUAUCUAUAAAAGCACCCUCGAGAGAAUGGAAAUCGACAUGUGCGCCAUCACGGAAGGUCCCAGUCCAAUUUUUGGACUCUCAGGAGACGCUACUAUGACCCUCGGCUCAAUCAACCUAUUGGUUAAAGCUGGGAGCGUCGUAAAAAUCACGGAAUUCUUGGUCGUCGAUCGCCCAACAUCGUACAAUGUAAUCAUUGGAACUCCAUGGCUGAAUUCCAUGAGAGCGAUCCCAUCGACAUUCCACCUAUGCCUUAAAUUUCCGACCCCUCAUGGAGUCGAAACAAUUCAAGGAGACCACAGGAUGUCACAAUCACAGAGGGUCGAAGCUCUAGAAGGGAAGCGCGAACCAACUUGUGAACCGGUAAUCUCAGUCUGUGUCGACGAAUCCCACCCAGAACGAUGCAUCGAGAUCGGAGCCAACCUCUGCGAACCACUGAGAACAGAGCUCAUGGCUUGUCUUAAAAAGAACCUCAAUACGUUCGCUUGGGCCACGGAAGAUAUGCCAGGAAUCGACAUCGGCAUAUCAUGUCACGAACUCAACAUUGACCCAACCUACAAACCCGUAAAACAAAAAAGACGGAAGCUAGGACCAGAGCGUGCUACCGCGGUAAACGAGGAAGUUGAGAAACUCCUCAAAGUAGGGUCAAUAACAGAAGUCAGAUACCCGGAUUGGCUCGCCAAUCCCGUCGUGGUCAAAAAGAAAAACGGCAAAUGGCGAGUAUGCGUCGACUUCACUGAUCUCAACAAGGCCUGUCCAAAAGAUUGCAUCCCACUUCCGCACAUUGACCGACUGGUCGAAGCAAUAGCAGGGAACGAACUUUUAUAA